AUGAUCAAUUGGUGGUCACUUGAUAUGACAUUAUUGAGGACUGCCUUUUCUUCUAGUCCACACCUGAAGGUGCGCACCACGUGGGUGACGGACAUGGUGUGCAUGCCCGACGUGAACAUCAUCGUCACCAGCUCCACGGAGCGGGACCUGCGCUUCUACGACUGCACCGCUAAGACGUUCACUCUUAAGAUCAUCAUCACCAGCUGGGAGAACAUGAUCUGCACUAUGUACUACCACUUCCACAAAGACGAGAAUGAGAAGUGCAUGUUGAUAUGCGGCGACGUGGGCGGCAGCGUGCGCCUGCUGCUGUUCUCGCCGGUGAAGCGCGGCCCGUUCCGCAACCAGGCGGGCCGCGCGCUCGUGCAGCUCAGGCACGUCGACCUGCAACGGAAACCGCAACUUCUACCGGAGAUGAAGCUGGUGGAGUUUCCCCGCGUGCACUCGGAGUGGGUCCGCCAGGUGUCGUUCUACGCGUCGCUGCACUGCUUCGUGUCCUGCGCCACCUGCAGCGACUCCCUGCUCAUGUGCGACAUACAGGGCUCCAAGACUUACAAUAUGUUCCGCGUCGAUAAGGUCAUCUACUCUUUAUAUCGUAUCGAUUUUAUUCUAGUGAUCUCUCGAUCGGUGGCGGUGGUGGUGGUGCCGCAGGGCAUCCAGUGCUUCGCGUUCGACUCGGAGGCGCACGUGCUGGCGACGGGCGGGCCGGACUGCGCCGUGCGCGUGUGGAGCCCCUUCGUGCCCGCGCGCGCCACCGUCGCGCUGGCGGGCCACCACGCCGGCAUCACCGCGCUCGUGCUGCAGAACCAGGGCCAGACGCUCUACUCGCUGGCCCGCGACCGGGUCAUCAAGGUCUGGGACGUGCAGGGGCACGUGUGCCUGCAGACGUACAUCGACGUUCCGCCUCAAGUGGGCGAGCGGACCCCCAUCUCGGCGGUGUACAACCCGGCGACCCGCGAGUACAUCCUGGCCGCGAUCAAGAUAGCGGUCCUGGUGUUGGACGAGCAGCUGAACCCGCAGCACACGGACGGGUUCACGCACUCGCGCGCCGUCGCCAAGAUUCUCUACAACCCGCUGUUCAAGGUGGUCAUCACGUGCGGCAUGGACAGCAUCAUCAUCAACUGGGAUCCGGUCACAGGUAAGCGCAACGCGAUGGUGCGCGACGCGCACACGCGGCAGGUGCACGGCGAGCUGGUGCCCGUGGAGAUCACGGCCGCCUGCUUCGACCCCGGCCACCAGCUGCUGCUCACGGGCGCCAGGAACGGCACGCUCAAGAGAGUGUCCGGCAGGAUAUUGGCGGUGGGGUGGAACCGGCACGUGACCGAGUUCGAGGACACGGGCACGGCGAGCACGGGCAAGAGCUGGGAGACGCGGCACACGGACGACGUGCUCGCGGCCGCCGCCCGCGCCCCCCUCGCGCUCGCCACCGCCUCCUACAACUCCGAGCUGCUGCUGUGGAAGCUGGAGACCGGGCAGCCGUACAGACGGUUCUCGUGCACGGACCCGAUGCUGCGUAUCAAGAUGCACUACAACAAGCGCGAGGCGUCGCGCGCCGCCUCGCCGCAGCCGGGCGCCGCCGCCGCGCGCCGCCGGGCCUCCGCCCUCAAGCACGUCGGGUACGGGCCUCACACUAAUUAA